AUAAUUUUUUAUAUUAUAUGUAGGACUCCAAUCAGGACAGGACUUGCUCUUGCGAUCUUUUCAUUGCUAAUUUAUUUUGAGUUACCACUUUUGUAUUACUAAUUUUUGAAUGUCAUUUAUUUUCUGAAAUUCAUUAAACGACAGAUCAUAAUCGAUCGGAACAUUAGGUGCAUUAGGUGUAUGCCAAUAGGUUCUGAACCUGGGGUGAUUACGUACAAUGCGAUUGUGAAUUUUAUUGGAACAUUAGGUGUUUUCUUGAUGCACACAAGGUGUUUGAUGAUGCGCACAAGGCGUUUGAUAAAUGAUCGAAAUCAAUGCUUUUUCUUGCAGAAUUAUGGUUUGAUACUAGUUUCAAAAUCUAUACUAGAAUCAAUGCGUUUGAUGCUUUGAACCUGUUAAGAAUGGUAUUUCAAAAUCUAUACCAGUUUCAAGUGCUCUUGAGGCUUCUUCUGCUAUUCGGCUUGCUCUGCUAGAUCUUUGCAUCCCGGUAAGGAAAUCCACGGGCAUAUGGUAAGAAAAGGUUUGGGUUAUGAUUAAGUGGUUGGGAGUUUGUUGGUCGGAUAUGUAUGCUAGGAUAUGUAUGCUAAUUGUUGCGAUAUAAAUAAAGCUCGCCGUAUAAUAAACGACUUAUUUCCAUCUGUCUCUUAUUUGCUGUUGGGGAGUUCUUCGAUUGAGUUAUAUAUGUUUGGAUAACACUCUGUGGUCACCAUCUUAAUUCCUAUGGAGUCUAGGGAAAUUGCUUGCAGUGAGUUCAGUAGAGCAAUGGUUUCUUAAUUAUUGUACAGAACAGUCAUUCUCCGGUUCUCACUAAAUUACUCAAAUAAUAAUUCAAAGAAGCAUAAGAAUGGGUCCUAAAUAUACUCAUGAUUCUUCCCCAUUGAGUAUAUCAGACAUAUUUCAGAACCCUACGGCUGUACUAGAUUCUUUAAAUGACAAUGACAAAUGAAAGGAUGUGUUGGGGAAAAUCCAAAAUGUUGAGAAUUUUCAGAGAGAUUAGAAUUUCUCGACGGGCCAUGGUUCUUAAAAUGUAAGAUCAUUCUUAAGUUCAUCUAUGGUAUAACAUUAUUGUGUUUUUUAAGUCACAAAUGUCAUUCUCGAUUAUGUGUUUGUGAAAAUUAUUUCAUGACGAGAUUGUUUUAUGAUUAACGUGUGCUAAAUAAUAGGUCAAAAAUGUCAUUCUCCAUCAUGUAUUCGCCUUAUAAUAAAGCCACUUAUUUCCAUUAAUCUCUAAUUAUUUGUCAUUGGGCGCUACAGAGUUAAGCCAAUAGAAUGGCAGUUCCAGAAUCCAGUGCUUCUUACAUGCAUGUUCUAGAGACACAAUGAGAUAUGUAUGCCAAUUGCGGCAAAUAUUGAUGAAGCUCGCCAUGUAAUAUACGACUUAUUUCUAUCUGUCUCUUAUUGCCGUUGGGGAGUUCGACUCUUGAGUUAAGCCAAUAAAAAUGUCAGGUCCGGCGGUUUUAUAUAUGUUCGGACAACACUCUGAGGUAACCCUCUUAUUUCCUAUGGAAUCUAGGAAAAUUGCUUGUAGUGAGUUCAGUAGAGCAAUGGUUUCUUAAUUAUUGUACAAAUAGAAAUUCAAAGAAGCAUAAGAAUGGGUCCUAAAUAUACACAUGUUUAUUCCAUGUUCAGUAUAUCAUACAGCUGAUAAUUUUCCUAACCCUACGUGCGUACCAGAUUCUUUAGAGGACAAUGACAAAUGAAAUGUUGUGUUGUGAAAAAUCCAAAAUGUUGAGAAUUUUCAGAGAGAUUAGAAUUUCUUGAGGGUCACUUGCAUGGGGCAUGGUUCUUAAAAUUGAAGAUCAUCCUUAUGUUCAUCUAUGGUAUGACAUUAUUGUGUCUUUUCAGUCUCGAUUAUGUAUUUGUGAAAAUUAUUUCAUGACGAGAUUGUUUUAUGAUUAACGUGUGGUAGAUAACAGAAUUAGUUUUUUCAGUCUAAAAUAGCAUUCUCGAUUAUAAAUUUGCCUUACAUAGAGCCACUUAUUUCCAUUAAUAUCUUUUUUGUCAUUGGGGAGUUCUUCCACAGAGUUAAGCCAAUAGAAUUGCAGUUCCAGAAUCCAGUGCUUCUUAUAUGCAGGUUCUAGAAACACAAUGAGGUCACCUUCUUAUUCUUAUCCGAGUCUAUGAAAAUUGCCAGUGAGUUCAGUAGUCUAAUGAAAAGCUUUCGAGGUUCUUGGUUUCUUAAAUAAUUAACAAUUGCUCAUGGAGUCAUGGCCUUGACAAAUGAAAUUUUGAAAAUACAUAAAAAUGAGUCCUAAUUAUAAAGAAGUGAUGGAGAUACACUGGACCCUCUUAUUCCGAAUAAUGGCGUAGGGUUUUAUUCUUUUUAUGCAAGUAGUGCAAGCAAUACACAUGUUUCUCAGUGCCGGACUCUCUAUUUUGGACGCAGGUACGGGAAAACGAGAUAAAAUAUAUUUUCUAAAUUAUGGAUCUUCUUUAUGUUUUUUAAUUUUUGCUUCUAUCUUUUACAAUUUUUUUUUAUUCAACUUAUAUGUGCUCAUGAAAUUGGUUAAAGUGUUUAUAUUUUAAUUAAAAGAUUUGACAUAAAAUAAGUGUCGUGCCUGGGUGUCCGAAUAUCGGACAGGGGUACAUCUAUCUACACAGAAUAGCCUAUUCUUCUUGAGGGUGACCUGAAUUUAUCAUGUAGGGUCUAAGAACAUAUUGUAGUUCAUCUAUGGCAUGACAAUAUCGUGUGUUUUCUUAGAAAUGUUAUUACUCCCUCCGUCCCACCAGGAUGUUUACGUUCACUGUUUGCACGCAUUUUGAGGCUCUUAUAAAGUAUAGUUCAAAAAUAUUUUUUUUAAUUUUUCUUUUUUUGAAUAAAAGUUUAAACGUCAAACUUUUUUUCAGGAUUUUUAAAAAAAAUAAAUAUAUAAUGUAAGUAUACUUUAUCGGAGCCUUAAAAUGCGUGUCAAAAAGUAACGUAAAGAACCUGGUGGGACGGAGGGAGUAUUGAUUAUAUAUUCAUAAAAACUAUUCCAUGACACCAUUGUCUUAUAAUUGCCUUGCUCAAUGUAAAUUUGAGUUUAUUCAUUUGCUCAAAUGUAUUAGUGUGCCUAUAUAUACCUGCUGUUUAGUUAUGCAAUGAAACAACUGCAACAAUACAUUCAAAGAGAAGGGAAGGCACUGCAAGCAAGAGCAAUGGAUCAGAUGUCGGAUUCGGAUAAAAAAGUAUCAAGAGUUCCUGUCUCAAGACCCGAAUUCACUAUCAGUGACCUUAAGAAAGCUAUACCUCCCCAUUGCUUUAAGCGUUCUGCUUUUCGCUCUUUUUCAUACCUUCUCUCUGAUAUCACCGUUUUCUUCUCUCUUUCGUACAUUUUCACAACAAUCAUGACACAACCUAUGCAUCAAAUCUACUUCUAUAUGACCUGCAUUGUUUAUUCAGUGAUACAAGGCUGUGUAUUCUCACGGUUCUGGAUCAUAGGCCACGAAUGUGGUCACAGUGCUUUCAGUGAGUACAAAUGGCUAGACGACACAGUUGGAUUCACCCUGCACUCCUUCCUCCUGUUUCCUUACUUCUCGUUUAAGUACAGUCACCACCGCCACCACACAAAAACCGGUUCUCUUGAACAAGACGAACUAGACAUCCCUCUGCUCAAGUCCCAAGUUCCAUCAAUUCACAAGCACUUGACCACACAUCCUGUACCAAGAUUCUUGGUCAUCACUCUGGUUUUAAUCUUCGGUGUGCCUCUAUACUUGCUUGUAAACUUCCGUGGUCGUGCUUAUAAUCAAUUCGCCUCUCAUUUCUAUCCGUUUAGUCCAAUGUACUCACCUAACCAACGCGCUCAAAUCUUACUUUCUGACACUGCAUUACUCGCCAUGCUCUAUGGACUAUACACACUCGUUUCACUAAAAGGAUUUGCUUGGAUUGCUCUUGUUUACGGAGGACCACACCUGGUUCAUACUGGCAUGCUUUUCGUCGUGGCCUUACUCCACCACACUCACCCUCUAGUACCUUACUAUGAUUCCACAGAGUGGGAUUGGCUAAGGGGAUCAUUGUCUACCAUUGAUCGAAACUAUGGAAUCCUUGACACAAUCUAUUAUCAAGCAACCAAUACUCAUGUAGCACAUCAUCUCUUCACAUCAAUCCCACAUUACCAUGCAAUGGAGGCCACCAGAGCAAUCAAACCGAUACUCGGAGAGUACUACAGGUAUGAUGGCACAAUAUUUUACAAAUCGCUGUGGAGUGCUAUUAAAGAGUGUGUCUAUGUCGAGGAAGAUGAAAGCAAAGGGAUUUAUUGGUAUAACAACAAGCCCUGAAUUCUGAUCCAGUGGCUUUAUAUCAUAAGAAAUAUAGCUGUGUUGUUCAGACUUCAGAUGUUGGUAAAUAAGCUUAUGCAUAUAUGUAAUAGUUUCAUCGUAUGUGAUAGAAUAAAUAUGGGCGGGAUUGAAUAUAUGACGGGGUUAGCGGAUUUUGUAAUCAUCAUUGAACAAUGAAGAAGAAUAUGCGGUCCUUCAAGAAUCGAUACAAAUUAUGAUCCCGCUCUUGCAGAUAUUUCCAUUCCAACCAAUGAUGAUGCUAAAUAGUGUGGUUAAGGCUAUAUGUUGGGGAGUGUUGUUGUUUCGACUCUUGAUCAGGCUCGAAAUUUAUGUAGAACAUAUAGUAGUUGUAAGCUGAUAUACUUUGUUGUCAAAGAAAAUAAUAGUGUGUUGUCUUUCUUCUCUUGUA